AGGUUUGCGCAGAUUCAUCCACCGUCGUCUACCUCCCCACCUCCGUCACUCUCGAGAAAACCCCAGCCCCGAUAAACAGUGACGGAGCUGAGACCCGGCCAGCCCAGGCACGUCCCGGGCUUCGGUGGCCCAGCGGCCCAGUCCGCCUCAGUGUUCUCCCAAGCGAAAACCCUACACAGCGUGUCCCUGUACUGCACUGCUGCUGGCCGCGCCGCGUCCGCGCUGCUGGCACGCCGCGUGUGCUUGGCUCCCGCCCCACGCCCAGUGCCUCCCUCCCUCUCUGCCCCCCUGCCGCGGCGCGUGCCUGGCUGGCUGGUUGCCCUCCGCUUGGGCCUUGGAGAGCCCGGGCUUCGAUUUCUAGCUGGUUCCGCCACUGCCGAGAAGCCGCGCGUUGUCAGGCACGGGAAAGAGGUAGUCCGCGGGAGGUUCUCUCCGGAGGAGAGGUAUGGUGCCCGCGAGGGCUCGCCAUAUCGAUAGAUCCGCCUCUGACCAGCAGCAAGGGCCCGCUCCAGCGGGGGCGGCGACGCUGCUAGUGCGGCACCUCCCAGAGGCUAUCACGCAAGAGAUGCUAUCCCGCCUCUUCUCCCACUACGGAGCCACAUCCGUCCGCCCCUGUUCCGGUGGAAAGUUGAGAAAUUGCGCAUUUGUAGAUUUUAGGGACGAGGCGGCAGCUAAUCACGCACAUUCGCUCUUGAACAGGUUGAGGUUUCUGGGAAAAGUGUUGACUGUCGAGCGAGCUAACUGUCCAAAUGCAAAUGAGUCUCACCUGAAGCAUCAGGACCAAUUAGGGCAUGGGGCGUCCCAGGUACCAAGUAUUAGUUCCCAAACUCAGAAGGACCACACAUCGAUUGCCGAACCAAUUGCCCCCAAGCUUAGUGUGGACUACCCAUUUCCUCCACACCUUGAGUAUGCAUAUCCACCACCAGAUGGAAACAUAUUAACAAAUAUUGUCAAUGCCCUGAUCGCCGUCCCUCGAUUCUACAACCAGGUCCUGCAUUUAAUGAACAAGAUGAACCUUCCUGCUCCAUUUCGGAUGGCAUUGCCUACUCCACCACUACCAUCGCAAGUUCCUGUUAUCCCUCAUCCUCAGCCACCACCGGGAUCUACUACAACUGGGGAGCUUCAUUCAGCAGAUUUGUCUAGUGAUGAGUCUGAGUUAGAAUCAUCUGAUGAAGAUAUUGAUAAACGGAAAAUCAAGCGUGCAAAGCAUGAAGCAAUUGUUGGUCCUGCAGUUGACAAAAACGUUGCUCAUGAAGCAGUGGGGGUGAAAUCUGUUGCAUUGGUUUCUAAUGAGCUUCAAGUGAUAAAAAAGAAAAACCCAGUACUUCAGAUAAAAAUUACCCCUAAGCCUAUACAGAAGGAACCACCUGUCCCAAGUAUGACUGAAAAUGAACCGGAUUCAACUCAUGAACAACUUCAAGAGAAACAUUUUGUCACACCUCAGGAAAUGUCGAGAGAGAAAUUACCACCAGAGGAGAUUUUAUCCCUUCCUAUGUUCAAGAAUUACACUCCAGGAAAUCCAGCCAGUGUUCUGUACAUUAAGAACUUGGCAAAGGAUGUCACUCAUGACGACUUCUACUAUGUCUUUGGCUCUGUUUUCGAAAGCAUGGACAGUGCAAGGUUGGGUUUAAGUGUAAAGUUAAUGCAGGAAGGACGGAUGCGUGGUCAAGCCUUUGUCACAUUUCCCACGGUUGAACUUGCUCAGCGUGCCCUGAAUCUAGCGCAUGGCUAUGUGUUCAAAGGAAAACCAAUGAUCAUACAAUUCGGAAGAAAUCCUGCUGCUAACAAAGCUUCCUAAAGCAGGAUACAAUUUUCUUUCCAGAUUUUGAUAGAUUUCAGAAGUUGGUAGGAACUGGAAAGUGACAAACCAGAGGUUGUGGGUAUCUGUUGGCUGUUGUUACUGCAACCUGUUUGGCAUACACACUAGGCUGAUUGGUUCCUCCCAUGGUGUAAUGUUUGUCGAAAAAUAACAUUGUACAUUCCAGUUUGUGGAUUAUUAAAAGAAUUACUCGAUAAAAGCGGACAUUGGAGGUUAUAAGCUGCAAAUCGAGCAAUGACUGCUAGCAGCCUGCCGUCACUGAGAAUCAGAAUCUAGCGCAUGGCUAUGUGUUCAAAGGAAAACCAAUGAUCAUACAAUUCGGAAGAAAUCCUGCUGCUAACAAAGCUUCCUAAAGCAGGAUACAAUUUUCUUUCCAGAUUUUGAUAGAUUUCAGAAGUUGGUAGGAACUGGAAAGUGACAAACCAGAGGUUGUGGGUAUCUGUUGGCUGUUGUUACUGCAACCUGUUUGGCAUACACACUAGGCUGAUUGGUUCCUCCCAUGGUGUAAUGUUUGUCGAAAAAUAACAUUGUACAUUCCAGUUUGUGGAUUAUUAAAAGAAUUACUCGAUAAAAGCGGACAUUGGAGGUUAUAAGCUGCAAAUCGAGCAAUGACUGCUAGCAGCCUGCCGUCACUGAGAAUCAGAAUCUAGCGCAUGGCUAUGUGUUCAAAGGAAAACCAAUGAUCAUACAAUUCGGAAGAAAUCCUGCUGCUAACAAAGCUUCCUAAAGCAGGAUACAAUUUUCUUUCCAGAUUUUGAUAGAUUUCAGAAGUUGGUAGGAACUGGAAAGUGACAAACCAGAGGUUGUGGGUAUCUGUUGGCUGUUGUUACUGCAACCUGUUUGGCAUACACACUAGGCUGAUUGGUUCCUCCCAUGGUGUAAUGUUUGUCGAAAAAUAACAUUGUACAUUCCAGUUUGUGGAUUAUUAAAAGAAUUACUCGAUAAAAGCGGACA